AUGGAUAUACAUAUAUUUUUAAGUUUAUUGAUAAUUUGUUCGGUAUGUUGGGGUGCACGUGCAUAUGAUCCAUGUUCCAUAAUGUUUGAGAUAGACAUAUCCACUACAACUUUUGGAACAUGUAAUCCUUUGGACGAUUAUAGAAUUAGAAGGUGUAUUUGUAAAGUAAGAAAAUGUAUAAGGAGGUGUUGCUAUGAUGAUAAAUCACGCAAUAUUCCUGAUUUAUGCUUUGAGGAAGAUCUGAAACCUUCAUUUAGGUUCUACAAUAACACAGAUUUGUAUUCAACUUCUGACCUAUCGGAAUAUUAUAUUACAAGUGGAAAUCCUAACUGUGAACCUGAGGCGGAUACCUAUCAAGUAGCGUAUGAGGAUUACUAUAUGCAAGAAGAUGGCGAGAUAUUUUAUACCACUGCAAAUAAAAGUUAUGGGAUAAAGUCCUAUUGCCUUUUGAGUAAUAUAGCAUUUAUAUGUCAGAUAUCUGGUGAUAGAGAACCAGAAGAAAUAUUAUAUAUUCGACGUGUACAACUUAGUGAAAAUGUCGAACUUAGUGAUAAAGUGCAUAAAUCUUUGGAUGAUUCUUAUAAUUUUUCCACUAAUAUUCGGAAAUGCAGUUCGGAAAAAUGUGUGAGUAACAUGUGCUGUCAUCAGAAUCAAAAUGUACUGUGUGAACAUAGUACUAGCGAUGAUCAUAAAGUGCUUUCCUUGCCUAAUUACUGCAAGGAAGUAAUACAUAUAGCAUCUAGUGAUAGUGUCGAGAGAUUUCAAAACCAGUUGUAUAUAAAACAAAAAAAAAUGUAUUUAAAUAUGAACGAACUCUGUGUUUUGACGGGAACUGAUAAAUGUUUGUCGUUGUGUGUCCGAAAAUCGAAUGUAAAACGUUUUAGCAAUAAUGGCACCGGUUUUAAAAAUAGUGAAUUACAAAAUCAACUGAAUUCAAAUAUUAAAUACAGAAAAUGUUGUAAAGAUGGUGAAGUAAUUUUGAAAAAACCGUGUUUCUACAUGGGCCAAAAUAUUACCAAACUUUUUAAUUCUAAAUUACAAAAACUUUCUAGAAAUGAUAAAUAUUAUCACGAAGAUCUUAAAUGCGGAUCAAACUUUGCGAAAGCAAGGGUUGAGGAUUUUAAAUUUACUCCCAAUGGUUCAAUUUUCUGGGAGUCAGGUGAUUAUUAUAUCGAUCAAAAUUUGUUUUGUGUCGAAUUGUAUACUGUGGACAAGACCAAUUAUUUCCUGCAUGCAUUGGCCUGCGUUUCUGAAAACGAGAUCACAAACAGCUACCAGAUGCCAGUAUGGGGUAUGUUGUUUCGUUAA